GCGGAGUAGCCCGGGACCAUGUUCGGGAGCGGCGGAGCGCUCCUGCUGCUGCUGGCAGCGCUGCUCGGUGCCCCGGCCAGCGCGCAGCCCAAGGGGGAAGACGCCUGCCGCCCCGUCCGCGCCUCCUUCCAGGUGCUGCAGCCCGGAGCCAAGUGGGUGCCUGAGAGCCCAGUGCCAGGCUCUGAUCUCCAAGUAUGUAUCCCCAAGGGCUCCACAUGCUGCUCCAGGAAGAUGGAGGAGAAGUACCAGGCAACAGCCCGCCUGACCAUGGAGCAGCUCCUGCAGUCUGCCAGCAUGGAGCUCAAGUUCCUUGUCAUCCAGAACGCUGCUGUCUUCCAAGAAGCCUUUGAGAUUGUGGUGCGGCACGCAAGGAACUUCACCAACAGCAUGUUUCGGAGCCACUACCAGAGCAUGGGGCCCAGAGCCCUGAAGUUUGUCGGAGAACUUUUUACUGAUGUCUCUCUGUACAUCCUGGGCUCCGACCUCAGUGUCAAUGACAUGAUCAAUGAGUUCUUUGACAGUUUAUUCCCUCUGGUUUACUCGCACUUGCUGAAUCCCGGCUUCCCCGAGCCCUCCGUGGAGAUGGCUGAAUGCCUGCGGGCAGCCAGGAGGGACCUCAAAGUCUUUGGGAACUACCCAAAGAUGAUGAUGACGCAGGUGUCCAAGUCGCUGCAGGCCACCCGAGCCUUUCUGCAGGCUCUCAACCUGGGGAUUGAGGUGAUCAACACCACCGACCACCUAAAGUUCAGCAAGGACUGUGGCCGAGCCCUGCUGAAGAUGUGGUACUGCUCACACUGCCAGGGGCUGCUCCUGGCCAAGCCCUGUGCCACCUACUGUGCGAUGGUGAUGCAAGGAUGCUUGGCGGGUGUCAUAGAGAUCGAUAACCACUGGAGAGAGUACAUCAGGGCUCUGGAGGGGCUGACCAAAGGCAUGCAUGGCAUCUAUGACAUGGAGCACGUCCUCCUGAACCUCUUCUCCUUGGUACGGGAUGCAAUCAUCUACGUGCAGAAGAACGAAGGAAAGCUCUCCCCAACUCUCAGCCGGCUGUGCGGCCACGCUCAGCAGAGGCAGUACCGAGCAGCCCGUUACCCCGGGGACCUGUUCGUCGACAGCAAAGCCCUGAAGGCGACUCGCAUCGAGCAAGAGGAAACUUUGGCGAGCAGGAGGAGGGAGCUCAUCACGAAGCUGAAGUCCCAUGGCAGUUUCUACAGCAGUUUGCCAGAGUACAUCUGCAGCCACAGCUCUGCUGUGCAGAACGACACUCUUUGCUGGAACGGACAAGAAGUCGUGGAGAGGUACAGUCCCCAGAUCACAAAGAAUGGAGCAAAAGCUCAGCCUGGCAAUCCUGAGGUGAAGAUGAAAGGUCCCGAGCCCGUGAUCAGCCAGAUUAUUGACAAGCUGAAACACAUCAACCAGCUGCUCAAAGGGAUGGCUUUGCCCCGCCGAAAAGCUCCAGGUAAAACCCCAGAGAAGGAGGAGGAGGAGAGUGGAGACUGCGAUGAUGAAGAUGACUGUGGCGGAGGCUCCGGGGAUGGAGAGCUGCGCGUGAGGAACCAGCUCCGGUUCUUAGCAGAGUAUCCAUCAUCUGCAAACAAGGGCCAUCACCACGUCCCCCCAAGCGCUUUGGCCCUGUCGGCAGCCUUGUUCGAGCUGGCGUAUGACCUGGAUAUGGACGACACCUCUGCAAACAAGCAGCUUCUAAAUCAGCAAAGCAAAAGUGGUGCCACGGUCUCCAACAGUGACCCCAGGAAUGCAGCCCCCUGCCCCGGGCCUGCUGCUGCCAUCACCCUGCUCCUGCUGCUGCUGGGCCACAAGCUGUGAGCGGGGCUGGUGGCAUUGCUCCAUGGCCCUUUUCUUAACGAGGAAGACAUUUGGAACCUCUUCUGGAAUAUAUGCACAUUUCCAAGGACAGAACAAAGGACUUGAGUGGGUUUUAUAAAGGAAUCUGGUAUCUUCCCACAAAAAAAAAACACAACGGAAAGGGGUUUGUUCAUGGUAAAUGAGUAAAUACGUAACAGUGCUUUUUAAAGAUAAUCCUGUUUAAUAUAAAAGGUUCGUAUUAAACUGAGUUCCUCAUAGGUGUGGAAGACUGAGGUCUCCCUUGCUGUUCAGCCACAGACCUUAUCUCAUCUCAAGUCAUUUGAAUGUGUGUGGGGCUUAGAACGCCUAUGGUACAUGAAAUGCUCUCAGCAAGUAUCAGACCCCUGAUCCUACUUGACCUAAUACAGUUUUUGUCUGUAGUUCAAGCAGGUUUUGUACUAACUCCAGUUUCGAGGCUCACCCCUAGGAAUCUGGCCAGGCACACGGUACAGAGGGCGGGUGAAGACAGGGCAGAGAGAGAGUCAGACGUGCGGUAGGAAGAAAGAUGCUGCAGAUGAGGAGUCGUGGUGCGCCGGGAUUGUCAGGCAGAUGUUCUUCCACGGGCGCCAAGCGCACCUGCACUGUGGCAAGUUGAAGGUGAUUUUGCUGCUCACAUCCCAGGGAGGUCCUGCGAAGCCCUUCAGUCGCCACCAGCGUCCCCGUGGCCCGUGCAAUGCCCUGGUUGUGUUCUGCAGAAGAGAGGCACCUCCUUUCCCACGGGAAAUCUGCAAACAGAGCUCCAGCCAAGGGACAGACGGCACGGAGGUGCACGCGGUGCUUCACAGGGAUGAAUAACAGCAUCCAACUCAUUGUGCUGCAAGGGAGGAAAAGAAAAGGAUUUGCAGAAGCCCGAGGCAGAUGAGACUCUUACUCAUGUGUUUCUUUGCAUGUUACUUUACUUAAGCUAUCUCCAAAAUAAAGAUUGAUUGCUCUAUAAAGG